UUAGAUUUUAAUUGGAAAUUUUAUGGUAUCAAAACUGAUUUUGUUCAGUAAGUUCCGAGCCUUGUGCACUUGUGGGACCCGUCUCACGAGUGCACAGCGUCUGUCGCGCCUCGGAUUUGGGUUCUGGGGCGUGACAGAUUAAGUGGUAUCAGAGCUUAGGUUUGAUUAAGAUCUCGUGAUGUGAGAGCCUAGGUUUAUGUAAAUACCUAGGAUUUGUUUUGGACUUGGCUAGCCAAUGGAUUUUAGAACCGUGGUGAGACGAGUGAUGGGUUAUACAAGGGAUGAUUUUAAUAAGUAAAUCUCAGUGAUUUGAGUUAGUUCUGGAAAAUUUUGUUUGGAUAAUGAAUUGAGCUGACAGUCUGGAAUUUGUGUUUGGAGCUGUUGAUGAUUUCAGUGUGUGUGAAUUUGCUUGUAAGCUCCAGUUCCAGACUUAAAACGAGUUAUUUUGCAUUUGUAACGGUAAUUAAUUUGGUUCAUUUCUCUUGUUCAAUCUUAUGAUUUUGGUUCAAUAUAUCUGUUUGAUAUUUGAUGAUUUUUGAGUGGAUAACUUGGUUUGCCCGUGUAAUGAACUUAGAUGUGGAGC